AGUGUUCUGCGCACGGGGAGCGCUCCGCAAUCACGCAUGUGCAAGUCCUGGACCCUCCUCCCUCCUCUGGCGUUUCGGACUUUCUUCACUCCGGGGGAUUUGCCGCCUUGAUAAUGCAAAAUUCGGCCCAGGUCUUCUUCCCUUCCAUCCUACUGUUGAUGCUGAAAGAUUUCUCUCCAGUAUCAGCAACUGAAAGGCUUGAAAAAAGAAUAUUUGCAGCUGUGGGCUCCUCUGUGCUUUUUCCAGCCCCAGAAAUAAAGCCAUCCCUAACGAUCAUCCAGUGGGAAUUUAUCAAUGAUUACCCUCUUCAGCUCAUUGUGGAAUAUGAAGUGAAUUCCUCAAAGGCCAUUGUCUAUGAACCCUACAAAGGCAGAGUUGAUUUCAAUGAAUCCACUGGAUAUCUCUUGCUGAAGAACGUGCAGAAGAAAGACAGUGGAGUUUACAAAAUUGUCAUCAAUUUGAUGGAAAAGGAAGCCCAAAAGGUCACCCUGACUGUGAUAGAGCCUGUGACCCAACCCCAGUUGAGAAGCAAUUUAUCCCUGGAUGGUUCAGCCUUGUGGUUAUCCUGUGAUGUGUCAGGUGACAGGAUCACUAUUGUUUGGAAGAAGAACGAACAGCCGAUCCCACCAGAGGAGUGUUACCAACUGUCUGUGGACCAGAAACAUCUGGGCAUAAUUAAUCUGGAGAAAUCAGACUGUGGGAACUUCUCCUGCAAUGCCAGCAAUGAAAUCAGCUGGAAACAAGCCACCGUGGAUGUUACGUUUGAAGGUAUCCCAGCAGCCUUUCAGCAUGCCCAGAAAAUGUCCGCAGUUGCAUUGAUGUUGGGGAUUAUUGCAGCUGUAAGCUUCAUUUCCCUGUGUUGUCAAUCAACUAAGCCAAAACCUGAUGGAGAGGAAUGGAGAUAUUUCAUCUGCUUCCUUCAGGCCAUGGUGUGUCUGUCGUCAGUUCUGCUGUUUGCAGUUACAAUCAUCUGGAUGGCACAGCAAGGUGUUUCUGUAUUUCUCAUAUUUCUCAUUUUGGCCCUUAACUGGGUGAUGAUGGUGACACUCGUGAUUUUGGCAGUAUUGGUUUGGGAUCCAAAAAGGCUACGACCAUUUACAUACAGAAGGCCAAUCCGCAUCAUCCUGGAUGCCACAGCUCCUGGAGGAGUGAUUCUAGUCAUGGUGUUGGCCGGUUUUUUCCUAAUGAACAUCCAUGACCUUCAAGAAAAAGGCUGCUCUUCUAAGGAUAUGACUGCUAGCUUCAUCGUACCCCUAGUGUUGUCUCUGAUUCCCUUCCUGUUCUUUCUGUUAUAUCAUAUAAAGAGAAAAAAAAAGAGAGGAGAAACAUGGAACUACCCUGCUGGAACUGAAGAUGACCAGACGAGCCUGCCAGCCCUGCCAGCCCUGUCAGCAAGGCAGAGAUCCCUCCCUGAGGACCCCAGCCAUGGGCCCCAGGCCCUGGAGCAGCAGAGAGUGAGAAACUACGAAAGGGAAGAGACAUAGCUUAAAGUUGAGUCAAGUUCCAGGAAUCCACGAAGACAACAAUCUUCCCUGGAAGCUCUGAUGUGGAAAAAAGUUUCGAAUUGGAGAGGCAUUUGAAUUGAUAUCCAAAUUAUGACGGUUGUGAGGGCUCCCCAUUUUUCUUGGUAUUUUGGUUCUCUCCUCUCUGUCUCCUGGAUUCUUAUUCCUGCCUGGUCCAUUAACGGUUGACUGAGGAA